UACAUACAUACAUACAUACGUACGUACAUACAUACAUACGUACAUACAUACAUACAGUGUGGCUGGUGAGCACUCCCCUCCAGUGUGGCUGGUGAGCACUCCCCUCCAGUGAAUAUUCAGAAAAAACACAGGACAGGAAUAUGAUAAUAUACUUUCAGAGCACAUACAAGAUGUUUUGACCAUUAAUAAAAGUGAUUUGUGUUUGCAUGUUAGCAGGACACUUCCCGGUUCACGGCGAACCAUUUUUAGUUCCCAAUUAGGGGGGCUUGGGGGAAUCAAUGAAAGGAAAAAUAAAUUCCAAACAACCCUGAAAAUGAUUUCAGUAUGUGUGUUUUUGUCCAUUUGUUGUUAGUUAGCAGGCUAGCUCCUGGCUCACGGAGAAUGACGUAAGACCUCAGCAACUGACAGGGCUCCAGCGUUUGGAUUCUGAGAAUGGGGGAAUGGUCUUUCGUGACUCAAAGCUGAAAAUAGAGAAACACAUUUGCACAAAAAAGGGGAUAAACCAUGCAGCCACAAGUUUGUGCUUGUUUGACCGUCCACAAGCUACUUCCUGGUUCACGGAGAAUGACGUAAGGCCUUAGCAACUGAUGGAUAGGACUCUACCAUUUGGAUUCUGACAUAGGGGAAUGGUUUUUCUGGGACUCAAAAAAGAAAAUAGAGAAACACAUUUGCCCAAACAUAUGGAAAAAUCAUGUAGUCUCGAAUUUGUGCUUGUCUGACCGUCCACAGGCUACUUCCUGGUUCGUGGAGACCGACGCAACUGCACUACAAGUUUUUAUUGACAUUGUCACCAUUUUUUCAUGAGGUAUGACACAAAAUUUCCUGGAAAUUGGCUGUUUUUUGGGGUUUUUUUGGCGUAAUCCCCAAACUAACAAACCAUGAAUCGAAACAAUACCUCUUAUUUUGAACUUCCACGCUUGGCCUGUGACAGAUUUUGUUACAGAAACAACAUCACAGAGAGUCGAUAUUGCAAGUCUUGGACAGCAAAUCCGUUAGGACCACCAGUGCACACACUGCCAGUGUUUUUACAGGGAACUCGGGGCCACAAACAUGAUUUAACCCAAUUUUACUUACGAAAAUAAUUGCCUUUGCAAGAGCAUUAAAUUGAUACCAUGAGGGAUAACCAGACCAUAAAUUACAGUAAUCCAGCAGCCCCACUAAUAGUUCCUGUAGGAAUAUGACUGUCAUAUUUUCCAUUAGGGGAAGUGCAAGAUGAAAUAAAAGAACUGAUUUCAAAUGACAAUUAGCAGCACUGUUUAAUAUGUGUUUUUUUUUUAAUAAGCGGCCGGGACAUAAAACCAUAAUGUAGAGAAACACGCCACCGCCCUUCUUAUGAGCAGUGAGAAGACCUUGCAACAUUAAACCUAUCAAAUAUGUUAUCUAUCUAUCGGAUCUCCCCUUUGCUUGACUUUAUAUGCAGCGUAUCGCCACCGUUGUUUUUAGCAUGCUUUUCCAGGAAUUGACGGCCUUCAGGCUUCAUGGUUAGGGGAUCUAGCGCCACCUGUUGCUUUAACAUGAACUUAACAGCCCGUAAAGACAUUUUUAUGGGGGUUGAGAAUGCUUUAAAGUGUGGACAUAAACCUAUUUGGUAGUCCGGAUGAGCAUGGAAAAGCACAAGAGGGUGCUGGAGAUGCAUCUGCACUCGGGCCGAGCCUCGGGGGGCCCACUCAGGCCUCUGCAGCUGCUCUGGGGCGUGCACAUUAAAAAGAUGUUUGUUAAAACGGUGUACGGGAGAGAGUGUUGAUCACACCCUGGUCUGGUCAGAGGGGUACUGUUGUGUACACAGCACCCAAAGGGGCUGAAGUGUGCUUUUGUGAGGCUCAAAGGUCCAAAUUAAAAACCAUCAAGGUCCCAGCCUGGAUGAACAAAUGAGGAGUGAUCCUGCAGAUGACGUCCCACCACUGCAGUGCCGUGCCACUGAGUGCAUGUGUGUUUUACUCAGUCUUAUAUUGCUUUUGGCACGUGGUGGUCCCGUUAGGCUUGAAAGCAACCUAUUUUCUGUCAAAUGAGGCCCCAAACUGGCAGUCCAAAAUUCAGACAGUGUGUGUGUGUGUGUGUGUGUGUGUGUGUGUGUGUAGCAGCACUUGUCAGACUAACAGCCAGUGCAAUGUUGUAGUCAGUGAAGCGUGGCGACCUGGUGAACCUGUAACAGAGCUCAUGGAGCCCUUAAACGUAACACAACACACACCCACUCAGUCCAAUAGGAUGAAAGGAGCUGUUUCUGUGCGUAGACCAGCUAGAACGCCCCUGCAUAAGAAAAUGUCCCCGCAGUAAAGAUGGGAUGUCGAGCGUUGUGCCGCACAAAAACACGCACGUAGUCCCAUCGGGUAAAACAAAGUCAAUUGGCCAUCGGCGGCGGCUCUCACGACGUCUGCCAUGGUUAGUAGUUGCCAACAGACACGUGCUUUCUAUGCCGCUAGUGUUUACGGAAGUGGCGAUAGUUCCUGUCAAUGAGCUCCCUGAAAUCCAUGCGCCCAGGAAAGUAGUUCCGGUAAUGUUUAAAACGGUCAAAAUAGGGCAAAAUAGUGUAAGUAUUCCAUGUUAUCAUGAACGCACAUGUUAGUGCAUGCUCACGGCGUGGAUAGAAAACCAGAAAACCUUGCUGGAGGUUUUUAGGGGGCUUUAUAGUCGAAAUAGGCGUGUCCCAUCACGUGCUUUGUUAGCGCCCUCAUGCUAACUGUUUUUCUCUCUUUCGAACGUGCAGAAAAGAGAAAGACAAGUGUGCUCAUGUUUCACGUAAGGACUGUGGAGGACGGGCAAAAUUCCCCCAAAAAGUGCAGUUUUCCUUUAUCCUCCCCCACAGAAAAAAGGGCUGUGCCACACAAAGACCGAAAGACAAGAAGACAAAGACACACACAGCUGUAUAGCCCGAUCGGGUGAAAGGCAAAGGUGGGAGCAAGUCUCAAGUCUUGAAAGGAAAAGUGCACUUUUUAUGGAUUUUUUCUCUCUUCUGUGCAUUGCAAAGAUACAAAAACAGUUACAAAGAGGCAGCUAUUCCGCCGAUACAGCCUUCUGAAAAAACCUCCAAAAAGCACCAACAACGCUCCAUUUACAUCAUGUGACCUGCAUAGUAACCAGGGUACAGCGUUAUUGUUAUUAUUAUUGUUAUUAACACUGCUACGCCCAAGAACUACAUUAGUGCCGUAGUGACACCUCACCAGACCACACCAGCUAGCUACUAACCCAGCUAGCGACUAGCCCAACUAGCUACUAGCCCAGCUAGCGACUAGCUUCCCCACACACUCGCUCACGAUGCCUCAGGCCAUUAGAGAAAGGUAACGCUACAUAUUGGAGCUGCUGUAUUUUGGUUUUUGACGCUAGGUGCCGCGUUCAUUUCUAUGUUGCUAUGUGAAAUGAAUGCAACCAGGAAAGAAGUUCCGCUAAAGCUUCAAAUGAGCUAACUAGUGCAAGUAUUCCAUGUUAUCAUGAAUGUACCUGCUACUGCAUGCUCACAGCAUGGAUAGAAAAGCUUGUUGGAGGUUUUUGGAGGCGUUUUAAUAGCGAGUGUGUCCCAUUAUUAAUGAGUUGUCUCUUUUUAGCUGUUUUUAUGUCUUUACAACACACAGAAAAGAGAAAGACGUGUGUGUGUUCAUGUCUCACAUAAGGAUUGGUGUGUGGAUGACUUUUCCUUUAAUCUCAAGUCAAGACAUGCAAGUCCAAGUCAAGACCAGACAGGUCGAGUCAAAUCUAAAGUCACCUGCUUGAAAUUUCCGAGCCCUUAGAAGUCAAAAGCACUGCUUGGCCACAUAAAAUGCCAUUUGAAGGAUGUACGCAUUGCAUUGGGCGAAUACAAAGACCGGCCCAGAGACUGCCUGAUCGGCCACGAUAACGUUGUUUUCAGAGCGUCAAUGCCGACCUUGUGCAAACACUGAAUUGCAAAAAAAAAGGUGGAAAUAGCAGCAGGUAGACGCGGUAGUUUGCUUACGCAAAACGUUGUUUACGGCCACGUCGAGAAGCUAAUGGCCGAUGCCGUAUCCAUUAGACAUGUGUAAAUUCCACAACAGGACACACAGCAUGUCACGUUACGCAUGACGGUAUCGGAAUCGGAAACUGAGCGUUGGACAAUAUCGGCAUAUCAGAUACCGGCAAAAAAGCCAAUAUCGGACAUCCCUAUGAAAUACACUACUUUCGAAAAUGUACCACACACAUUAGGUGCAAAGUGUAUCGCCGAUACCAACCUGAAUUUUAAUCAGUAUCGGAUAGGAAACAAAAUCAGCGGUAUCGCACAUCACUACCAAAAUGUCCUCAAAGUCCAAGCCCAAGUCUCUGAUGAUAUUGUCAAGUUGAGCCCAAAUUAUUAUUGUCCCCACGAUAAAAGGGUUGCGCUCCCCCAAGACAGAAAACUACAAUGAACACGCACAUUGCAGCUGUAGACGCCAUGAUAUCAAGCGCUCCAAUAAUCCUGUGCAAUAACCGUGCAAUAAACACGUGCAAUAAACCCGUGGCUCAUCCCCACGUACGUGCUGUGGCUGUGGAACUUCUUCUUUGCAUGACCUUCAUUUUGCACUUUCUGUGCUCUUGUGUGCUUUUGUGCUCUGCUUUCGCUGCUGCCAACCUUGUGGGACGAACAAGGGCGCACCUCAUCUUAACUUAUCUUAACUUACUGACCAAAAGGGUCAAUGGAACCAAAAUGUCCCCACCCUAAAGGUAGGAUGCCAAGGACUGUGCCACACAAAUGCAGGAAGCCAAGAACACACAGUUACACACACACACACACACACACGUGCUGUUGUGGUGCAGAAGGCGUGAACAGUACGUGACAACGUGCAAAUAAGUCACGCAGGAGCGUGGCCAUUUGGUGCCCAUGGGCACCCGUUUGGGUCACAAAUUGCGUGCCGAGUGCGUCAUUUAUGCGCAAACCGAACGCAAGCAGUAGCAAACUAUUGGUCACACUUGUCAGGCGUGCCUUAAAUACACAAAUAAAUGACACCGCAAAUCGUGUAAACGCUGCCUAUCCGUGCAAAUGCCCCAGUAAAGAAUAAUGUCCCCACAACAAAGGCGGGACGUAGAAAGACAAGAACACACACACACACACACACACACACACACACACACACACACAGUGACAGGCAAGGGUUGAGGAGGAGGAGGAGGUGCUGGAGAUGUCCAAAGUUCUUCCUAAACGCAUUGGGCUUGUCUUACCAUCCACAAGGACCCCAAGUAGGAGCGACCAAAAAAAAAAAAGGCGCACAUUUCGGCGCUAGUUUGCGCUCUUGCAGGGAGGGACACUGCGCCCUCUGAGGAGGAGGAGGAGGAGGAGGAGGAAGAUCAGGGUGCACUGUGGUCUGUGCGCGAUGACGAGACGCUGUUGUGGACAUGCGAGGCAGCCAAGUGGACUCAAGUGGAGCGUGGCUGGGAAAACACUUCCUCCCAGGGACGAUAAGGACCUGCUGAGGCAAGCGCCAGUCAAGUGCACCUCCAGGAUACCACUUCUGGCAAACACUGGACCAAUGGGACAAACCUGAAGCAAGUGGACUACAUUGGACGACUACUGUAAUAAGAAAGAAAAACAAUCAUCCUUGAUAGUUCCCACCCUUGUUGCGUGGUGCAUCACUUUUUGCAUGACCCGCUGAACAUCCUGGGUUGCCUUUGACUUCCAAGAAGGACCCUUGAUCCCUACACCGGUCUCUGGACUGUCUGGCCAACUGUCUCCUUUUGGUGUCGGAGGGGUGUGUUCUGAAUUAAGCCCGUGGACGCUCGGUGAAGAUGACUUGACUUGGCAGGCCUAACAGCCCCCCCACCACCACUUUUACCCACAGAUCGAGCGAGAGAGCCUGGCAGUAAGAAAAGACAACACACAAAUGUGGUAGCCCUGAGCCAUGCUGGUGUUGCUACUACUGGAGCCCUGCGGUAAAGACUAUCAUUAUCCCUAUCAUCAUUCAUCCAAGCUGAGGAACAUUCCACGGCUCCAAGGGACUAGGCUACAGAUCUGAACGGCUUGAGGAAGACGGCGCACCGGGACCCACUGCAGCAUCGCUCAUAUAAGACCAACACAAUCCUCACUAAGGAAGUGAAAGGCACAGACUGAGCAGGAGCUGGGACAGCAACAUGGCGACCGAGAGCAUUGCCGAGCUCCGCGAUUGGCUUUUCCUGUUGCUGCUGUGCCUCACCUUAUUGGCCGAGGUCCUGGAACUGGCAGCAGCUGCAAUUGUCUUGGAGACAGGCGAGGGAGAUGAAGGAAUAGUCUGUCCCUCAGUCUGCCGCUGCGAUGAAGGUUUUGUCUACUGCAACGACCGUGGACUCAGUCUGAUUCCUCCUCUACCGUUGACGGCUGCCAUCCUCUACCUGCAGAGCAAUCGGCUCACCAAUGCCGGCCUGCCUCAGUCGCUGGAGCGCAGCACGUCCAUACGAGUGAUUUACCUGUACGCCAAUCAGUUGGAUGAAUUCCCCAUACACCUCCCACCUUCAUUACGGGAGCUCCAUUUACAGGAUAAUAACAUACGAACAUUACCACGAUCAUCUCUUGCCAAGUUACCGCUACUGGAGCGCUUACACUUGGAUGACAAUUCAAUAUCAACAGUGAGCAUCCAGGAGCGCGCUUUUUCUGGGACUCCACGACUCCGCCUGCUGUUUCUUUCUCGGAACCACCUGUCAAGUAUCCCCGCAGGCUUGCCAGCAUCUUUGGAGGAGCUGCGAUUAGACGACAACAGAAUCAACACCAUCCCCACGCAUGCCUUCCGAGGGCUGUCCUCCUUGCGACGUCUGGUCCUGGAUGGGAAUCUGUUAGCUAACACACGUAUUGCGGAUGACACCUUUUCCCGCCUCGCCAAUCUGACAGAGCUGUCACUAGUCAGAAAUGCCUUGCAAUCCCCACCAAUCAACCUACCAUCAGCUCAUCUUAUUCGGCUUCAUUUGCAGGAUAACGGGAUGACCCACCUACCAAGAGGAUCAUUGGACGGUAUGCGGCGGCUGCAGAAGCUAGACUUAUCGGGAAACAAUCUGACCAGUCUUCCUCGAGGGCUUCUUAAGGACACUGAUAGUCUUGAGUUGUUGUUGCUGCGAGGAAACCCCUGGUACUGUGGUUGCAACCUUCGCUGGCUCCACGCAUGGCUGCACAGCUGGGGAGCUGCAGUGACAGUCAGGGGUUUGACCUGUCAGGGGCCUGAGGCGGUGAAAGGCCAGUUGCUUAAAGACCUUACCUAUCUGAUGGAACAGUGUGAAGGACCACCAGCCGGUCCAGUCACUGGAGUCGGGGUCAAUCCAUCAGAAAAGGAUGGAGGAGGUGAAGAUAGCGUUGGAGGGGAGGGGCAAGCUGUGGUUUCAGUUCCCCACGGCAGCACCACCACUAACUCUUUGCUGGUCCCCACGCAAGGUUCCCUUUUUACACUACGAGCCAAGCGACCAGGCCUGGUUAUGCCUCUGCCUGCAGGGGGAGAUGGUCAACCAUCUGGAGAGGCCCUGGAGUUGACUGUAAAAGCUCUCUCUUCAGACAGUGUGCUGGUCAGCUGGUUGUGUCCACAGCCAGCACCCUCAUUCCGUCUAUCCUGGCUAAGAUUGGGAUCCAGCGCGGCACUCGGCUCAAUCACAGAAACUCUUGUUCCCGGAGAGAGGAGGCAGUACCAUCUCACCCAGCUCACACCACGCUCGCAUUAUCUCAUAUGCUUGCUGCCAUUACGACAGGAGACCUUUCUGGGCUCCAGCUUGGGGACAUCUCGGGUAGGCAGCAUUGAAGCGAACAAUAAAGACUCUGCUCCAGCCUGUGCUCAAAUAGAGACUGGGGAGGCUAUGGUAAACUCCAGAGGAGAGGGGUCAGAUAAGGACACGCAGGACUCAGAGCUAUCAGCCCUGCCACUGGCGGGCAUCAUUGGGGGUGCCACAGCCUUGGUAAGUCUUCUGCUAAUCUUUGGUAUUUUCUGCUGGUACGGACAAAGAACAAGUUACAAGUCGGGGGACUCCAAUUCAUACAACAGAGGGCGAGGAGGAAAGCAUUACGAUGACUAUGUAGAAUCCGGCACCAAAAAAGAUAAUUCUAUUUUAGAAAUCCGAGCCCCUCCUGCAGGGUUCCAGAUGACAGCCAUGGCCCAUCAACCCUUGCAGCCCAAACUGGAUGAUGUCACCUACAUUCACACCAUUUUCCCUUCUUCCUCCUCUUCCUCCCACGCUAACGGGACAUAUCGCAGCAACCACAGAGCCGGCAGCCUCAAUGGCACCAUCAUCAGCCAAACCAGCCACCACCACGUCACCUACGGCACCAACCGUGGCUACAGAGAGGGCGGCAUCCCCGACAUAGAUUACGCCUACACGUGAUGACACAGGGUUUCAAUCCCUGAGCCACGAAUGCCUGGCGCCAUUUCUAUGGUGACGACCCCUGUGACCCGUGGCCAUUUUGUCCUUGGUUUCCAAAGUACCCUUUGUGCCUCAGCUGGUUCAAGUCUGAUCUGUUUGCUAAGUAGAAGAGACUGUUUUCAGCCACGUUGAUUGGACAAUGCUAUUCUGUACUCGACUUCUGCAGUAGGCCCUUCUGUCAGUGCUACUCAUCAAUGGUUACAUUUUCUCUUUUGGCUAUCUGUGUCUUUCAAAACUGCUGUUCUUAAUACACAGUAACUUAUUUGAGGUUGAUAUACUAGGCUUAGCUGAUGUAGAGGGAGAUAUAUUUAUAAUACCAAGGAACGGCAAUUAAUGUGUAUAGAGAUAGCGGUGUGCUCUUUGCUGUGUAGAUGAAGGGAAGACACAGGCAGAAACUGACGGUGGUUAUAAUCCACAGAUGACAACCGAUCGUGGUUGACAUGAAGAUACGUGUUCCAAUCCCCACCCCCGCCUGCGCUCCCUCUUUUCCUCCGGAUUACUUCACCCAAUUUAAUUGUUCCUCCUUCCUGCCUCUUUGUUUUUAGCAGAGGCUCUUUCCUUUCAUUUCUCUCAUGUCUUUUUGUGGCGCCGUGAGUAAGGGGACGACUUUGUUCUCGCCAAAAGGAGCUGACAGCAGUGAUAACAGCUCCGACAAAGACAUGAGACACAAACCGCCACAUGGGGAGACUAAUGAGUUGGGGGGGGGAGUGUGAUGGAUAGAUAUUUGGAUGGAGAGAGCAAACAUAAAAGUAAAGAGACAGUGACGGGUGCUGUUUGGGAAUGAGGCUGAAAGAACUGCGUUGGUUUAUUGCGGACUAAGACGAUUGCGGGGAUACCAAGGGCCUGGUACGACCCGGGGUGUAACGGUACACCAUUAUCACGGUUUGGUGCGUACCUCGGUUUUAAGGUCACGGUCAGGGUUUUCAAUCUCUAGCUUCUUCUUGGCACUAUCGCUUGCCAUGACCGUAGCCAAGGACGAGGCUGCACUCUAUUUGUUUACAACAGGGGUGUCCAAAGUGCGGCCCGGAGGUCAUUUGCGGCCCGCGGCUAUUUUUUUACUGGCCCGUGGCACAUUCUAAAAAUAUAAUUUUUACAAGAAAACUUUUUUUAAAAAUUAUUAUUUAAAAAAGUAAAAAUCUGUAGUAAAUUUACAGGAAUAAAAUCAGAAUGUUAUGAAUAUAUAUAUAUAAUUUUUUUUAAAGUCGCAAUAUUGAGUCACAAUUUUUACAAAAAAUAAACUCCUACUAUAUGAGAAAAUUUUUAAAAAAUGAGUCGCAUAGAGAAAAAAAUGUUAUUUUCUAAAAGUUGAAAUGUUAUGAGAAACAAAGAAAACAAAACAUUCUGGGGGAAAAAUGAGGUUGCAGAAAAAGUUAUGUUCCAAGAAUAAAGUCAAAAUACGAAGUGAAUGAAGUCAUAAUUGCAAGAAAACGGACAAGAAGAAAGUUGAACUAAAUGACAGCAGAAACAGAAAACACAGCUGUAAUUUUACGAGAAUAAAGUCGCAAUUUUAUUACCAUAAACUCGUAUUAUUAUGAGAAUAUUUUUUAUAAGUUGUAAGAUUAUGAGAAACAAACAAAACAAUGAAUACAAUUUAAAUUUUUGGAAAAAAUUAGGUUGCAGAAAAAGUUGUGUUCCAAGAAUAAAGUCAAAAUAUUCUAGAAAUAAAGUCCAAAUUCCAAGAAAAAAAUAGAAAUAGAACAGCAGCAGAAAGAGAAAACACGGCUGUAAGUUUACAAGAAUAAAGUCGUACUCUAAAGAGAAAGAAAGUUGCAAUUUUACGAAAGUCAAAACUUUACAAAAAUAAAUUAUCACAAAAUUGUAAAAAAAAAAAAAAAAAAAAAGUA